AUGCAGAGUGUUUCACCACUUGGAGCGGAAGUACAGGAAGAAGUGGAGUCAACUGGAAAUGGUACGCAGAUGGAGAAUAGAGUGAGCUUUAGACAAACCGGAAUAGAGCGACGUUUCGCCAGAAAUUUGCAAUUGUUCUCGGGAAUGGGACCUGAAAGAAGACCAAAAUUGCCAAGGAUGAAGGGCUCCGUCAGGUUGCUACAGACUGUUCGGAAAAUUGAUGACGUAUUGAACACCUGUAUGCGGAACUCAAAUGAUCUUAAAGAGAUACUGGACAUGGUCUAUGCGGGUGCGGUGACUGUCUGCGAGGAGGUUGGCCUUCACUUAGAAAACAAUCAACCCACGCACCGCAAAGAUCAAACCCCUCCAUGGAAAAUACGCCUAGAAAAGAAGAUAGUUGAGAACAGAAAGAAGAUUGGGGUGCUUCACACUUACCUGCAUACGGAGAACCCAUCAAGGAAGCUUCUGAAGAAAACACUAAGAGUUGCGUCGGAGUACCGGGUGAGGAGGCGUAGUUGGCAGCUGAGAGAGGAGCUGGUGACAAUCUGCGAUAGGCUGAAACAAAAGGUUAAAGCUUUAGGCAAUCGCUUAAAGCGUUAUAACGAGAGAGUUAAGAGGUACAGGAACAACCAACUGUAUUACAAAAACCCACAGCAAUUUUUUCGGUCGCUUGAAGAGGGAGUAGAGGCUACAGGGGGAGAAUCGCCAUCAGUGACGGAAAUGUAUAGAGAAUGGAAUAAAAUCUGGGGGGAUGCGAGGACGCAUGACGACGGGGCUUAUUGGAUAAAAGAAGCUGAGAGGAAAGCUGAAACGUAUGACAUGGAAGAGCUUGAAAUAAAGGAGGAAGAUAUACGUAUGGUGCUGAGAAGGGCAAAAAAUUGGUCUGCCCCGGGCUCUGAUAGACUGCACAAUUACUGGUGGAAGAACUUCCAAUCAACGCAUAAACAUCUGGCUAGAAUGUUCCAGGAAGCCCUGCACAACCCUUCGGUGAUACCGGAAUCUCUCACGCUUGGUGUAACCCACAUGAUACCAAAGGGAGAUAAAACCAGUGACCCAAAAAACUACCGACCCAUCACUUGCCUGCCCUCAAUAUACAAGAUACUUACAGGUGUGCUCACGACGGCCAUUUGGAGGCAUGUGGACAACUAUGGAAUAAUGGCCCCAGAGCAGAAUGGGUGCAGGAAAAAUAUAAGGGGAUGUAAGGAGGCUCUCAUUAUUGAUCACCUGGUGACGAAACAGGCCAGGAAAAAGAUGAGGAAUAUAUCUGUGGCAUGGAUCGACUAUAAGAAGGCCUUCGACUCCAUGCCGCACUCUUGGCUGCUGAAAACCUUGCGCCUUUAUGGAGUAUCUGAGUCUGUAGUGAAGCUUCUAGAACAUCUGAUGAAAUCGUGGCGUACGCAAUUACUGGUCGUACGCAAGGAAAAACUACCGCAACGCCUGAAAUAA